UCCGGUUGUUUCCGGAAAAACUUCUAUAUCUCUCACACGUACGCGUGACUUUUAUCGUGUGCUGACCUCAGGGAACAAACUGAGCCACAUUACUCUGGAAAAUGUUACUUUUGUCAAACAGGAUAAAGUUGUGUUCUCUGGCGUUUACCGCCACGCGCUUGUGUAGCAGCGGCCCAGCAGCUGCUAACAAAAACCCCACGGUUUACUUUGACAUUGCUGCAGACGACCAGGCUCUCGGCAGGGUAACCUUUGAGCUCAACGCCGAUGUUGUACCAAAAACUGCAGAGAACUUCAGAGCGCUGUGUACAGGGGAACAUGGCUUUGGUUACAAGGGAUCAACUUUCCACAGGGUGAUCCCUCAGUUCAUGUGCCAGGGGGGAGAUUUCACUAACCACAAUGGGACUGGAGGGAAGUCUAUCUAUGGAUGGAAGUUUCUUGAUGAGAACUUCAAGCUGAAGCACACUGGACCUGGCAUCUUGUCUAUGGCCAAUGCUGGACCCAACACCAACGGAUCCCAGUUCUUCAUCUCCACCAGUAAAACAGAAUGGCUGGAUGGCAAGCAUGUUGUCUUUGGCAGCGUGAAGGAGGGACUGGACGUGGUCAAGAAAGUGGAGUCUUUCGGUUCACGGUCUGGGCGAACCUCCAAGAAGAUCACUAUCACAGACUGUGGAGAGCUCAAGUAGACUCAAUGUGAGCAGUGGACACGGUCGUAGUCUCAUCUCCUGCUGUAAAAAGUGAGUUUGAGUGAAAGAGGUUCAUUCUUCAGUCAUGGUACAGAGUGCAGCCUCUCUGUGCUGACAAUUGAUUAUCGCAGAGAGAAUCACACUCAGUUUUUCAGUUUGUACUUAAAAUCUGUAUUAGUCUUUUUUCAUGGAGCAACUACCGCACUUAACUGUCAUGCUAUAAAAUGUGAACUUAGAAUAGUUGAUGGAUAACAUGUCUAAUGUAUUUGAAAGAGAGCUAUUAAUUCAUUAAUAUACAUUGAAACUGGUUUGGAAAAGGGUCAUUUAUUUGUAAAAAAAAAAAAAAAAAGUAAUAAUUUUUCUAAAUAUGUGAGCUUGUUCUUGCCAUCUGUUUUAUACAUGAACUUAGAUGUCAAAGUAAAAGUAUUACAAAAGUC